AUUAAAUAGUUUCACAAGCCCAUAUUUUUACCAAAUACUACAUUUAAUCCCCCAUUGGGACCAAUUCUAUAAUUAGGAAAUUUAUUUAUUUUCAUUUAUUAAAUCAAUAAAUAAAAAAGAUAGAAAUUGGAAAGCCCACCACCACACUUGCACAAAUUCCAUCUAUAAACAACACAAAGCCUUUAGUAUCAUUCUCGAAAACCACCAAAAACCUCUUUAUUAACCAACAAACAAAGUCUCUUCUUCUUCUUCAAUCACUGAAACACAACACCAAAAAAGAAAAGAAAAAAGUAUGUCUCUUCUUCCCCAUCUCAUCCUCUACCUAACACUCUUCACGGUGGCUGUUACCGGAGAAACUCUCCGGCCAAGAUUCUACAGAGAAACAUGCCCUGAAGCUGAAUCCAUAGUAAGAAAAGAAAUGAAGAAAGCUAUGAUCAAAGAAGCAAGAAGCGUCGCUUCCGUCAUGCGUUUCCAAUUUCACGACUGUUUCGUCAAUGGAUGUGACGCAUCUCUGUUGCUUGACGACACACCAAACAUGCUUGGUGAGAAACUAUCACUUUCCAACAUCGAUUCUUUAAGAUCUUUCGAAGUCGUUGACGACAUUAAAGAAGCUUUAGAGAAAGCUUGUCCUGCUACUGUUUCUUGUGCCGAUAUUGUUAUCAUGGCCGCUCGUGACGCCGUUGCUCUUACAGGAGGACCAGAUUGGGAAGUGAAGCUAGGAAGGAGAGAUAGUUUAACAGCGAGUCAAAAAGAUUCCGAUGAUAUAAUGCCAAGUCCAAGAGCCAACGCAACUUUCUUGAUUGAUCUCUUCGAAAGAUUCAAUCUUUCUGUGAAAGACAUGGUGGCUUUAUCAGGGUCACACUCAAUUGGUCAAGGUCGGUGUUUUUCAAUCAUGUUCAGGCUUUAUAACCAAUCCGGUUCUGGUAAACCGGAUCCAGCUCUCGAACCGAGUUACCGUAAGAAGCUUGACAAGCUUUGUCCUUUGGGUGGAGACGAGAAUGUGACUGGAGAUCUAGAUGCAACACCUCAGGUUUUUGAUAAUCAGUACUUUAAAGACUUGGUUUCAGGGAGAGGGUUUCUUAACUCUGAUCAGACUUUGUACACGAAUCGAGUGACGAGAGAGUAUGUGAAGAUGUUUAGUGAGGAUCAAGGUGAGUUCUUUAGGGCUUUUGAAGAAGGGAUGGUGAAGUUGGGUGAUUUGCAAUCUGGAAGACCUGGUGAGAUUAGGUUUAAUUGUAGGGUUGUUAAUAGAAGGCCUAUUGAUGUAUUGCUUGUAUCUUGAAGAAUUAGUAGCGAGAAAAGAGAGAAAUAUUAAUUAUGACUUCUAAUAGUUGCAAAUCUUCUACCACUUGCCGAUU